GUCUUCCCAUCCCACCCGGCACGCCAUGCUCUCCCCAGUCCGUCUGCUCCCUCUUAUUGGGAGUCUCCUCCCUAUAGUCUCUGGGCUGCCUACCACCAGCCCAUCGCCUGUAGUUCUUCCUCCCAGUGUAGACCCUUUCUACAGCGCCCCCCAUGGCUACGAGAGCACCCGUCCCGGCGCCAUCCUGCGCCUACGCGCCGCUCCGGGCAAUCUGACUGCGUUGGUCGGUAAUGCUUCUGCAGCAUACAACAUCGUCUACCGUACCACAGACAGCCAAUAUCGCCCUUCGUGGGCCGUGACUACCGUCUUCGUUCCCUCCAACCCUCGCCCCGGCAACUCUUCUCUUCUCUCCUACCAAAUCGCAUAUGACUCCCACAGCAUUAACGCCAGCCCCAGCUAUGCCAUGUACACCUCGCCUCCCAUCGACAUCUCUCUCGCGCUGAGCCAGGGCUGGUACGUCAAUGUCCCGGACUACGAAGGUCCCCUCGCUUCCUUCACCGCAGGUGUCCAAUCGGGCCACGCGACACUCGACUCCAUCCGCAGCAUCAUCCACUCCAACACCACCGCCUUCAACAUUAAAGCUUCGUCCUCCCGCACAGCUCUAUGGGGAUAUUCUGGCGGCGCCCUCGCCAGCGAAUGGGCCACCGAGUUACAGGGACAAUACGCGCCCGAGCUCUCUCUCGCCGGUGCAGCUCUCGGCGGACUCACCCCCAACAUCACGAACGUGAUGAACACCGUGACAGGGAACCUCAACGCGGGACUCAUCCCAGAAGCCGUCCUCGGCCUGGCCAGUCAAUACCCCGCCACCUACGAGUACCUGGUCAGCCAGCUCAACCCAGAGGGAAAGCAUAACCGCACGACCUUCCUCUUAUCGCAGAACAUGACUCUCGCGCAGGCGGAGGCGUUCUUCGCCGGACAGGAUGUCUACGAGUAUUUCGUUAACGGCAGUGACACCUUCAGGGCCCCCGUUGUGCAGUAUGCGCUGAACAGGGACGGGUACAUGGGCUACCAUGGCGUGCCGCAGACCCCUAUCUAUGCGUACAAGGCGGUCCACGAUGAGGUCAGUCCUGUCGGUGAUACGGAUGCCUUGUUGGAAAGGUACUGCGGUGUCGGCGUGAAUAUCCUCUAUGAGCGCAAUACCAUCGGCGGGCAUUCUGCGGAGGGUAUCAAUGGCCAUGCGAGGGCGCUGCAGUUCGUUGCCGCCGUCUUGGAUGGGUCCUAUGCUAGUGUGUACCAGACUAGGGGAUGCACGUUCAGGGAUGUUGCGGUGAAUAUCACUGAUUCGGCGCUGUGAAGCGGUCGGGUUGAUGUCUACGAGUGAUGUUUGUAUGGAUGUAUAGUAUUUUUAUCCCAGGGUGAAGAUUAGCAUAUGGUGCAUCAUGCGUAUAUAUAUAGAGUUAGAGAUUUGCAUACAAUGAAUUUAGAAAAAGCAAGUUACUAUUUACUCAUUACAAUGCAAGUCGCACAAUCGUAUUACGUACCUCUUAGUUCUUUCUCCAUAUAUUAUUUCAACACUCUAGUAUCUCUUCUAUGCCUACCUUGCUUUACUGUAUAUCAUGUUUUCGUACAUGGUUCGGAUGAUCACCUACUCCGACACCGGUAUCUUUUUACCUAAUUUUCUCAUAACAUCCACACACAUCGUAGGCGGUAAGGGAUCUUCACGAUGAAUUACCAA